ACCUCUGAAUAAAAAUCGUUCUAAUAGCCUGGGUGAGUCUUUAGAUGACGGUGGAACCUGUUUGAAAACGGAUGCGAUCUUAACCACGCGUGAAAGACCAACUUCUAUUGAAGCAGUGACGAUGAGGGAGGCGGGCACGUCCUCCUCAGGUCUACACAUAAAAGCUGAAUAAGAUCAGCAUAAUUAUUAGAGUCUCAUCUCCGGGGUCAAGUCUCUCUCCCGGACCUUCACUCGAUCCUUCACUGUGCUCGGCCGGAGGUCUCAACCUAAGGAUGAAGACUCUGCAGGUCAUAUCACCGAUGCUGCUGCUGUUGCUGCUGGCAGGGGUUUGCAUUGAUGGGUACAAACCUGUCGUUAUCGUGCAUGGUAUUUUUGAUGGACCGAAACAGUUCAUAAAGCUGUCUUCUUUUAUAACCAAGAUACAUCCGGGCACUAAGGUGUCAGUGAUUGACUUGUAUAAUAACAUCUUCAGUCUGAGGCCACUGUGGAAGCAGGUCGAAGGCUUCAAGAAAGCCAUCUCCUCUAUCAUGCAGAGUGCUCCUAAUGGCAUCCAUCUUCUGUGCUUUUCACAAGGUGGUCUAAUUUGUCGAGCACUUCUCUCCACAACUCCACACCACAACGUGCACACCUUCAUCUCACUAUCAUCACCACUGGCCGGGCAAUAUGGAGACACAGAGUACCUGAAAAGGGUGUUUCCUGACUAUGCAAAGAGGAUGGUGUUUCGAGUUUGCUACACAAGAUUUGGACAGAGACUGUCUCUUUGCGAGUACUGGAACGACCCUCACCAUAGGUCCAAAUACUUGCUGAAAAAUGACUUUCUGCCAAAGCUUGAUGGUGAAAAACAGCACAAAGACAUGACAGCAUGGAGGGAAAACUUUCUACGCAUCAAGAAGCUUGUGCUGAUUGGAGGACCAGAUGAUGGUGUCAUCACACCAUGGCAGUCCAGCCACUAUGGAUUCUAUGACAGCAAUGAAAAUGUUGUAGAGAUGAAGAACCAGGAGUUUUACAGGAAUGAUACGUUUGGGCUGAAGACGCUGGAUGCUCGCGGGGAUGUGUCGACGUGUGUUCACUCUGGGGUGAAGCACGUUGAGUGGCACUCCAACUUUACAGUGUUCAUGAGCUGCAUGGAGAAGUGGCUAACAUAAGAACAUCUCUCCCACAGAGCAUGAGAGAUGUUCAUGCAAAAUAUUAAAAUGAAACAAACUUGAGCAACAGCGUUUACACAUGCUGAUGCUGCAGUGUUUGUGAAUUUGCAAAAUAGCUCCUGCUUGUGCAAAGAUAUUUUCUAUAUUCAUGUAUAUUGGAAGGAUUAUUAUGAUUCAUUCGGUACAAGGCUUCACAUUCCCCACAGGAUAAAAAUAUAACAUUGGUGAUCCCUAAACUAAGAACAAGUGCCUAAGUAUUAUUGAGAAGUAUUAUAGACAAUGGAUGUAGACUCUUAGUCUUUUUAAGGUAUUUUAUUUAUGUGAUUUUUAUACAAGACAGUAGCCACAUAAACAAACAAAAAAUAAACAAAUAACAAAAACAUACAAAGGAAAAAAUAACCCAAAUCCAGGUUGUAUUGUCAGGAAAACAAAAGCAGCAUUUGUAGAUUUAUCUUUGCUCGUCUAAAUAUUGAGAGUGCAUAUAUGCUUCAAAUAAUGAACCUAAUCUUUUGCAAUAACCGUGCCAAAUAGUAAUGCUUUUUGUCUCCAGGGUAUACAUUUGCCUACUGAGAAUUUAUUAGAGUUUGAGAUUUAACUAAAAUAAAUUAGCUAAGGUUAAAUCAGCAUGAAUCAUUUUUCAAUGAUCCAUUUUGUGUUCAGGCUCAAAUAUAGCCUUUGUGAAACAGCUAUUAAACUGAGUAAAUAUCUGUUUAUUUUUGUGUUCUUCUGAGAAUAAAGGCAUUCACACGCAGCAA